GGCACUUCCUAGAUGCUAACCCCAGGCCAAGCUUCUUAUCAGCAGUGAAUAUUACUUGCUCUUCAUCCUGGCCUGUUAUCCCCAGCUACAGAGAAAGUAAGGGACCACCUGUCUGGCUGAGCCCCUCCCCCCACUUUGGCGAGGUCCCCAGACCAUUCCUGGCUCAGCUGUAGGGGCCCUCUCUUCUCUGUGUUCCUGGAACUUCGUUGGGUGUCUGUUUUUGCUCAGCGGUUGCAUCAGAAAGGACAAGUUCUGCGUGUCCUGCCUUGUGACUUUCCCGGUUCUGUCUCCAGCCCGACCGGAGAGGACCGGAGAGAAUUUCCACCAGCCCUUGGGGCCAGUGGGCACAGCCCUCACUGGCUUUCUUGAGGCCUGGACAGCCCAGACAAAGGAGUAGCUCCCACUGUUAUGGCCCAGAAAACACUUGGUCAGGAGCCAAGCAAGGCUCUUGACAGCCAAACAGUGUGUCCCCUCGCUUACUCCUGAGACACUCUGUCCCCUGGCUGUUCAAAGCACCAUUUCUGGGAAGGCCAGUGAACAGCUUUUCAGAGCUCACUGUCCCUGUCAUCUGCAGAGCCAGCCAGUGGUUCUGACCACCCUGCCACCCUACUACAGACACCAGUCGUCCUGGGACUGAGGCUGGAGAGCAGGAAGCGUCUCUAUCUUUGCUCAUUCUGAGGCCCCUGGGCCUCUGUUCCCCAGGAUCCCCUCAUCUGCCUUCCCUUAGCACCUCUUCAUAGGCUUUCUCCCAGCAUCUAGAGGGCUUCAGAUCAAAGCUGAAGAAGCACACAGUUAUCUUCCUAGGACCCUUUGGCCUUCACAAUCCAAAGGCAUUCAGGGCCCAAGCCCUGCAGUCUAACAGAUGCCCUCUAGGGUAAAUUUAGAUCCUGUGACUGGGGACUUUCUAGCCUUUUCCUUCCUCAUGCUAGUGGUGACUCACUCGUUCUGGCAGCCUCCGGCCUGCCCACACUAAACACAAUCCCUAGUACUGCCUAGGAGUGAAUUUUAGAGAAAAACUUGAGGGAUCAAGCCAGCCUGUGAAAGGAAACAGCUCUGGAGCCAUCGAGCUGAGCCAGCUGAGUCCUGCAGUAGUCCCCCAUGGCCUGCCUGAGUCCUUCACAACUCAAGAAGUUCCAGGAGGACGGGUUUCUGCUGUUGGAGGGAUUCUUCACAGCAGACACGUGUGUGGCUAUGCAGCAGAGGAUCGGUGAGAUUGUGGCUGAGAUGGAUGUUCCUCUGCACUGCCGGACAGAAUUUUCCACCCAGGAAGAUGAGCAGCUUCAAACCCAGGGCAACACGGACUACUUCUUGAGCAGCGGUGACAAGAUCCGAUUCUUCUUUGAAAAAGGCAUUUUUGAUGAGAAAGGAAAUUUCUUGGUCCCUCCAGAGAAAUCUAUCAACAAAAUUGGCCAUGCUCUGCAUGCCCAUGACCCCAUCUUCAGGAGCAUCACACACUCUCCCAAGGUGCAGGCUUUGGUUAGAAGCCUGGGCCUCCAGAUGCCAGUGGUGGUGCAGAGCAUGUAUAUCUUUAAGCAACCUCACUUUGGCGGCGAAGUCUCUCCUCACCAGGAUGCUACCUUUCUGUACACUGAGCCCCUCGGCCGCGUGCUGGGCCUGUGGAUCGCGGUGGAGGAUGCCACGCCGGAGAAUGGUUGCCUCUGGUUCAUCCCUGGCUCCCAUACCAGUGGGGUGUCAAGAAGGAUGAUCCGAGCCCCUUCGGACUCUGGGCCUGGCACCAGCUUCCUCGGCUCAGAGCCAGCCUGGGCUGACAACCUCUUUGUGCCUUUGCCAGUGAGGAGAGGGGGUCUGGUUCUGAUCCAUGGAGAAGUGGUGCAUAAGAGUGAGCAGAACCUUUCCAACCACUCACGCCACGCCUAUACUUUCCACCUCAUGGAGGCCGCUGGCACUGUGUGGAGCCCAGGAAAUUGGCUCCAGCCCACGCCUGAGCUGCCCUUCCAACCACUCUACAGCUAAAGGCCCUGGCAGAACAGGGCUGGUCCCCCGUUCUGGAUGCUGACAACACCAGGCCCUCUGGCUGCAACUCAAGGGCACGUCUUCCUCUAUGGGCUUUCUUUCUGAUGGUGUCUGUGACCUUGGUCCAGCAGAGAGGGAGCCAAGAAGUAGAAAUGAGAGGGCAGGAGCCCAGGCUGCAUGAGGGUCUUCUUCCAAAAUUAUAUCUCUCUACACCUUUCUGUCCCAAUCCAGCUUUCUGAAAUGGCUGCUCAGUAGUGCAAGGAUUCUGCCUGAGUCUCAGUUUUCUCUUGGAUGGACGUUACUGUGUAAGAUACUGAAUAAAAAUGACUUAAAAUCUA